GUUUACAUUGCUGAGGUAUCAACUGCAUCAUUACGAGGUUUUUUGGGAGCUGGUUUUCAAGUAGCUGUCACGGUUGGAAUUCUCUUUGCAUAUGUCAUGGGCCAUUUAAGCUAUGUUUGGUUAGCUUUGAUUGGUGCUAUGUUUCCAACGUUGAUGAUUGUCUUGGUAGUCAUGAUGCCAGAGACACCCCGGUACUUAUUGAGUGUGAAUAGACGAAAUGAUGCCAUAAGAACGGUGGCAUGGUUACGAGGACCGCAUAUAGAUCCUGAUGAUGAGUGUUGUAAUAUAGAAUCAAAUUUAGAUCAACAAGAGACUAUGGCAUGGUCAGAGUUUUUGAAGCCUAGUAUUUACAGACCACUUGUCAUAAGUCUAUUGCUGAUGGUUUUCCAACAAUUCAGUGGGAUCAACGCUGUAAUGUUCUACACACAGAGUAUUUUUGAGGGUGCCGGUUUCAGAAAUGGUGCAUAUGCAGCUGUUAUUGUCGGAGCAGUUCAGGUUGUCUUUACAUGUGUUUGUGCGAUAUUAAUGGACAAGGCUGGAAGAAAAAUGCUGCUCAUUCUGGCAGGUAUUGGUAUGACAGUAAGCGCAGGAACAUUUGGAUUGUAUUACCAGUUAAAAACACCUUCCGGUAACGAUCUGAGCGGUUUAUCUCUCUCAAGUAUGAUUGUAUACAUCAUAUCAUUUUCGCUAGGCUGGGGAGCUAUUCCCUGGCUUAUCAUGUCCGAAAUAUUUCCGUCCAGAGCACGUGGUGCAGCCAGCGGUAUCGCAACGUUAGUCAACUGGACAUGUGCGUUUAUUGUAACGUUGACGUUUUCAGAUAUGAUGGAUUCUUUGACGGAGCAGGGGACAUUCUGGUUCUUUGGUGGUGUGUGUUUUGUAGCAACACUGUUUGUUGUAAUAUUUGUACCUGAAACCAAAGGCCGCACACUGGAAGAAAUAGAAGCCCGCUUUGGAUCAAGGAGUCCAAUUGUCAAGUCAAUUGUGUCAGAGAGACAUCCAUUGCAGGACAGUGAUGUAGAAGAUGAGGAAACGGGCAAGGAAUAGUGCUUAUAGGUGACAGCUUUACCGGUAAAUUAAUGAUGUCUGCUGUGACCAAAGAGGACUUCACCAUGACAACAACAGUGCUUAAUUCUCUCUUAUUUGUUAAAAAAAGAAAUUUGAUCAGUCCAGAUCCCCUUAUUAUAUAAUAUACCGUAAAAUCUGUAUUAGAAGUCGC